GAGCGAAGGAAAAUCCCGGCAUCCGCAAAGAGACGUUUCGACUCCAUUCUCUUACAAUAUAUAUAGAAAACAAAAGGAAGCCAAACCAAGCAUCAAACACCACCUCUCCCUCCCUCCUUCCUCCACUCCAUCUCUUCCUCACAAUCAACGAUGGAUUCCCAAACCCUCGGCGGCGAUUUAUCGAAGGGCCGGCCUGUCGGCGGCACCGAGUUCAGCUGGUGCCAGGCCGUCCCGGGCGGCACCGGCAUCACCGUUCUCGCCAUCUUCCUUUCCCGCCCCGUCUCCCUCCCCGCCCUCCAAUCCGCUCUCCAGUCCCUCCAAACCUCCCACCCCAUCCUCUCCGCCGUCCUCGCCGCCGCCGACACCCCCCAACCCCUCCUCUCCAUCCCCUCCUCCCCUCCUCCACUCCGCCUCCGCCGCCUCCCAGCCGCCGACCUGAUCGCCGCCCUCCCCUCCGCCUCCCAUCUCCACUCCCUCCUCGAGCACGAGCUGAACCAGAACCCCUGGUCCGACCCGGCCGACGAAACCGGGGUCUUCUUCGCCACCCUCUACGAGCUGCCCGAACCGGGCCGGUCGGUCCUCGCGCUCCGGUUCCAUACCGCGGUCUGCGACCGGACCGCGGGUGUGGCGGUCUUGAAGGAACUCUUGGACCGGCUGGGGGGAGAUUCUGGGAAUAGUGGAAAGGGGAAAGAGGAAGGGAUCAUUCUGGGAAUAGAGGAUUUGAUUCCAAAAAAGGACGCGUGGAAGCCGUUCUGGGCGCGGGGGAGGGACCUGGUCGGGUACUCGAUGAACGGUCUGAGGGCGUCGACGCUUCGGUUCGAUGACGCCGGUUCGGACCGGGCUUCGCGCGUGGUGAGGCUGGUGUUGAGCCUGGAGGAGACCCAGGGACUCCUCACGGCAUGCAAGGCAAGAGAAGUCAAGCUCUGUGCUGCUAUGUCAGCUGCAGCACUAGUUGCUGCACAUUCUUCUCAGCAUUUCGAAAGCAAUCAGCAGAGGUCUUACAUGGUUGCAACCCUCAUCGAUAGCCGAAAGUAUCUGAAACCCGUUCUACAUGAUAACAAUAUUGGAUUUUACCAUUCCGGCAUUAUUAAUUCCUAUGCCGUCCAUGGAGGAGAAGAUCUAUGGGAGUUGGCCAAUAGAUGCCAAAGUGCCUACUCCAAUGCCAUGAAGAACAAGAAGCACCUGACCGACAUUGGCGAGCUCAACUUCCUCAUGUGCAAGGCCAUCCAGAACCCCCACCUCACUCCUGCCUCAUCACUUCGCACUGCACUCAUCUCGGUCUUCGACGAGCCUGUGAUAUCUGAAUCGUCCGAGCUGCAGCAGUAUCUUGGAGUGGAGGACUAUGUUGGAUGCUCUUCAGUCCAUGGGGUUGGCCCGUCGAUCGCCUUUUUUGACACAAUCCGAGAUGGCCAACUGGAUUGUGCUUGUGUCUACCCUUCUCCUCUCCAUUCAAAUAAGCAAAUUCAGGAACUAGUGGAACACAUGAAGGGAAUUCUAAUAGAAGGGAGUCAUGUAAAAGUGGAAGAACUGAAGCAUCCUCAGAGAGAGCAGUAAGUAUGAUGCAUGUUUUAUAUAUAAUGAUGCAAUAAAAUCUUUUUCUACAGACUAGGCUUCUGUGACAAACAAGUUAUUGCGAUCUAAAACCUGCAGCUAGAAAAUUUACCAAGUCUGUAACACUUUCGCUUCAAGAUAUUCUCUAGAUUAAUUGGCUCAUUUCAUGGGGAGACAAAUUUAGUAUC